CAGUGUCGUAUAUUUCAGAUGAGGAAUAGAUCUUUGAAGCCCCCUUGAGUUGAAAACCUGUCAUGAGCGAGCGUUCAAGCCCUUAACGGGAAUAUUCUCACAGCGUUUGACCCAGUCGUCUGCGCUUGGAGAGGCUUAAACAUCCUUCUUUAACCUGUCUCCUCUUCAUCUACACUGAUUGACGUGGAUUUAACAAGAGACAUCAGUAAGGGACAUCAAUGAGGAAUCAUAUCUUUCACCUGGAUUCACCUGGUCAGUCAAUGUCAUGGAAAGGUCAGGUAUUCUUCAUGUUUUGUACACUCAGUGUACAGGCUUGUCACCUCUCCCAUAUCACUCUACUCAGCUGUGACUAAAUAACUUGGGAGUGGUUGCUAUGACACAGGGGUUGCUAUGACACAGGGAAGCCUUUCACUGCAACUGUCAUCAUCACAUGCUAAUGCUGUCAUGCAGACAGUUUAGGCCUACACAUGCAAUGGGUAAACAUGGGUAAUUGCAUGGUUACAGACGAUAUGAAAUGCAGUCUAUUCACUCUCUUUCAUAUGCAUAUCACCUGCUGUGGUCCAGUUAUUUCAUCCAUUUGAUUUGGGAUUAAGUGAUCACCGUACCAAAGUACUGCUCUCACCUUUCCCCAUUGUCAUUAAGGACCAUGUGAGAUGAAUGCUGUGUUGUGUGUGUGCCUGUUUACAUGAUGAUAGACAGUGGACAUUAUCUGGGGUUGAAGCACUGUGUUUCCUGUGUAGAUCUGUGUGUCCCAUGGACUUCUCACCAGCAGACGACAGCUUGGCAACUGGAUAUGCUGUUCACCAUGGUGUACUGCAGCACUUCUGCCCAUGAGGAUAGAUGCUCACAACUCAUUAUGAGUCCUCUGUGUCACUUUGAAUGGUUUGUCAUUUCAAAGCUGUUAAGACUGUUUACUCUGCGUCCCUGGGAGCUCUGGUUCUGGUCUGCACAUAAAGUACAUGGUUUAAGACUCUCUCUCUCUUUCUCUUUCUCUUUCUCUUUCUCUCUCAAGAUGCCUCCUCAGCCCUUAAGAAGCAUCUCCUCUCCUCACCCUCCAUCCCUCUCUUUCUCCACCUCCAGUUCCUUAGCAGUAAAGCAUUCAGUCUAUUGUUGAGGUCCGGGGACAGAGACCCCACUAUAUGCCUGCCUGUAUACACCACAGAGGGCAGAGCAGCUCCACCCCUCCAACCCCCCUGCAACCCCUCCCCCAUUAAAAUCUUCCCCAAACAAGAGCCCUUUCUCCUCUGAAGAGGGACCCUCUGUCCAACGCCAAGUGACUCUCAUGGAGGCCAUAGGCGGUGGGACACUUGCCUCCACAACAGGAGCUGGAGUGUCAAAUAAACUCAGUCAGAGCCCCGACACACAAUCAUUCCUUUAUCAGGGCACCGCGAGAGGGACACAGAGACAGACUUUGUGUCAACGAGCGGACCUUGACAAAACACUGGCUGUUUUUAAUGUAGUUUUUAUUCCGCUCCCUUCUUCGAUUGAGCCUCGUCUUCCUGGGAGGGAUGUGUGUCGGGGCUCUGUUUACGGGACCCGUCUCACACCCGGCAUCUGUCCUGCACACGGCUAGGCUGACCUGGACCUGUGUGGUGCAGGCCUGGAGAGGUACACUGUCUGCACAGCACAACACACAACACUCCCCAGGCUGGCCUGGAGAGGUACACUGUCUGCACAGCACAACACACCACACUCCCCAGGCAGGCCUGCCUAUCACACCACACCACACUCCCCAGGCAGGCCUGGAGAGGUACACUGUCUGCACAGCACACCAGAGCACAACACACCACACCACACUCCCCAGGCAGGCCUGCCUAUCACACCACACCACACUCCCCAGGCAGGCCUGGAGAGGUACACUGUCUGCACAGCACACCAGAGCACAACACACCACACCACACUCCCCAGGCAGGCCUGCCUAUCACACCACACCACACUCCCCAGGCAGGCCUGGAGAGGUACACUGUCUGCACAGCACACCAGAGCACAACACACCACACCACACUCCCCAGGCAGGCCUGCCUAUCACACCACACCACACUCCCCAGGCAGGUCUGGAGAGGUACACUGUCUGCACAACACACCACACUCCCCAGGCAGGCCUGCCUAUCACACCACACCACACUCCCCAGGCAGGCCUGCCUAUCACAACACACCACACUCCCCAGGCAGGCCUGGAGAGGUACACUGUCUGCACAGCACAGCACACCACACUCCCCAGGCAGGCCUGCCUAUCACAACACACCACACUCCCCAGGCAGGUCUGGAGAGGUACACUGUCUGCACAACACACCACACUCCCCAGGACGUCACAUUCCACCAAACCUGUGACCACCUCCGACUAA